AUGAAUAUCAAUGAAAAUAUUGGUUACGGCCAAGAAUUGGCUCACCUGCUACGAGACAAUAUUAAUAAAAUAGUACAAGAUUUUAGAUUCGAACCAAUUGACAUUACACCUGUUUAUGAAUCAUCUAAACGGGGGAAACUUUUAACAACAAUAUUGCUCAAAAGAAAAAUCUUUUCUUUUUCAUUUCCAAUUGAUUUUAAAAUUACGUGUUUUUCUGGUAUAGACAAUAUGUUGUCUAAUCUCAAAAACUGGGAAGUUCAAUAUCGAAUGAGGGAAUCAGGAAUGUGUGAUAUGUACUAUAUUCACCCUACCAUCAGUGGUGGUAGAAAAUUACGAUCUGUUACAGAGGUUGUUAACAACUUACUUCCUAAAGAAUAUGCCAAGUUGGAAACAAGAAAAAGAAAGAGAAAGGACGGGGAAGAUAAUCAUGAAGAAAAUAAUAGUGAAAUUGAGGCUAAUGAAAAUACCCUGCCUCAAGUAAGAGUUGUUGAUUUACUUCCUUCUAGUGUCUUCGUACCUAGGAAAAAACGAAAUUAUAAGAAAAAGGUUCAAAACAGAAAACUUGAUGAAGUGGAGAAAUAUAUUCCUCCUAAAUUCCCCAUCCGUCUUGAAGAGGUUCUUAAGAAUAAAGAGAACAACGUUGAAGAUGAAAAUGUUUCUUGUUUUCUUUCAAAGAUUGAGGACGAUAAAAACAUCCCUGAAGUUGGUAAUGUUUUCUGUCUUCAAGAAACUAAUGACAAAGGGAACAAUUUUGCAGUUGAAAAUGUUUCGUGUCCUCCAACUAUUAAGGCGAAAGAAAAUAGUUUUGAAGCAGAAAAUGAUGUGUGCGCUCAAGAGAUAAAGGACACAAAGAAAAUUUAUGAAGGACAAAAUGUUUCUUGUUUUCAAGAAAUGGAGGACAAAACAAUCAAUAUGGAUGUUGACAAUGUUUCAAUAGAAGCAUUACUAAAUCCACAAGAUGUUUCACUAAGUAUUUCAGAAGUACAGCCUAUUGCUCCUAUCAAUCAAGGAGUAUUGGAAGAUAUGUUCAAAGCUUAUGAUUUUGAAAAUAAUUCGACAUUAACAAACGACAUUAGUAAUGAUGAAGUCUUAUCUGAGAUUCCAGACGACUUCUUUGAGCCAAGGUUAGAGACAAUACAAUUUCAUGGGCUAAGCAUAGCGGAAGCGGCAAUCUUAGAGGUACCAUUUACAAAGGAAGAAAUUAAAGAAGUGGUAUCGGAAUUUGAUGAAAACAAGAGCCCGGGGCCAGACGGGUAUAACUUUAAUUUCAUUCGCAAAUGUUGGCAUUUUUUGGAGGAAGAGGUGUACAAGUUCGUUGUUGAGUUCAGUUCUAAAGCUAAUUUGCCUAAAGCCGUUUCUGCAUCGUUCCUUGCUUUGGUUCCAAAAGCAGAUAAUCCGCAAUUCCUGGGGGAGUAUAGACCAAUUAGGUUGGUUGGGUGCCUUUAUAAAAUCAUCGCGAAAUUAUUAGCCAAUAGAUUAAAGAAGGUUGUGGGCAAGUUAGUCUCUCAAACUCAGACAGCUUUUAUUCCUGGUAGGCAAAUUCAGGAUGGUGUUUUGGUCCUAAACGAAGUUUUAGACUAUGCGAAGAGGUUCAAGAGGAAAUGUAUGGUGUUGAAGGUAGACUUCGAGAAAGCAUACAAUAAUGUAAAUUGGAAAUUUCUGUUAGAUACGUUGAGAAGGUUUGGUUUUGGUGUGAGAUGGGUAAGGUGGAUAGAAGCCUGUGUUUGUAAUGCAUCUCUAUCAGUGUUAAUUAAUGGCAGCCCUACGGCGGACUUUUUUAUGGAGAAAGGAUUACGUCAAGGGGACCCCCUAUCGCCGUUCUUGUUCACAUUGGUAACGGAGGGUUUAGCUAUGUUGAUAAAGGAAGCUACUGCUGUUGGUGCCUUUGAGGGAUUUGAGAUAGGAACAUCGGUCACUUAUAACUUGCUCUAA